AUGCGAGGCAAGUACGAGAGGGAGGCGAGGCGCUACUGGGACCUCUUCUACAAGCGCAACGGAGAGCGGUUCUUCAAGGACCGCCACUACCUGCACCACGAGUGGGCGCUCUACCUUCGGGGGGAUGGGGGCGCAGGGGCAGAGGCGGAGGCAGGGACGGAGGGGGGAAACGCGGGGGGUGCAGAGGGAGGGGGAGGGGAGGCUAGGGGCGUGGAUGCAGGCGCGGGAGUGGGAAGCGCAGGGGGCGGUGGUGGGAGUGGCAACGGCAGGGGAGGGUGUGUGUGCGAGCGGUGCGUUGCCAUUGGACGAGUGGUGCUGGAGGUGGGGUGUGGAGCGGGCAACACGGUGUUCCCGCUGCUAGCGGACGAUCCGCACCUCUUCGCCCUCGCCUGCGACUUCUCCCCGCGCGCUGUUGCACUCGUCACCGGCAGUGAGCACUACGACGUGCACAGGCUGAGGGCAUUCGUGGCUGAUAUCACAGCUGACCCGCUCGCCUCUGCCAUCGCCACCGCCUCCAGCAGUAGCAGCAGCAUCGGCAACGACAGCAGCAGCGGCGAUGGUGGGGGAUGCACGAGCUGCCUGCCGCAGUGCCCUGCCGUGUGCCCUCCAUCUCAAGCGGAUGUGGUUACCAUGGUGUUUGUGCUAUCUGCCAUUUCACCUGAGAAGAUGCCGCUCGCCAUCGCCAACGUUGCCACCGUGCUCAAGCCAGGAGGGCAUGUGUUGGUUCGAGACUAUGCUGCUGGCGACCUGGCUCAGGAGCGGUUGAGGCGCAAGGAGCAGCGCAUCGCCGACAACUUCUAUGUGCGCGGCGAUGGCACGCGCGCCUACUAUUUCACGGAGGCGGCGCUGGGAGAGCUGUUUGAGGGGGCGGGCAUGCAGUGCGUGCACAUGGGCGUGUGUGAGCGCACCGUCACCAACCGCGCACGACAAAUCGACAUGCACAGGCGGGAAGGAGCAGGCACAGGGGAGGGCGGCAUGGGCGGCAGUGGGAGCGCAUGUGACGUGGACUGCACCACCCUCUUCCUCUCCGACCCGCCUUUACAGGACCACGCCCUCUCCCUCGCGCACCUGCCACUGCGUGUGCGCCUGCUAUCCCGCGAGCACCAGCACACGCACGGCAGCACGGGGCGCCUGCUGUGGGAGUCGUCGCAGGUGCUGGCAGCGCUGCUGCUCGCCCACCCCGCCCUCACCCGCCACUCCUCCGUUCUCGAGCUCGGUGCGGGCGGCGCUGCACUCUGCUCGCUUGCAGCCACUCACAGCGCGCCACGUGUCAUCGUGGCGACAGAUGGGGACGAGAGUGCUCUGAGCCUGCUGCCGGAGAAUCUGGAGCUGAAUGCGGGGAGCUUUGACACGGGUAGCAUCAAGGUGUGCCGACUGCGGUGGGGCAAUGAGGGCGACGAGGCAGCAGUGAGGCAAUUGUUGCCCUCUGGUGACGUCGUUGGGGCGGAACAGGGCCGAGUGCCUGAGGAGGGAGGGUGCAGCACAACCAAUACACAAGGGAGCACCGCUCACACUCCCCCUGUGGAUGGCUGUGGCAUGACAGGAGACAGUACCGAGGCUGCUUGUACUGGAGUGCAGCAGGGGAGGGGGUUUGAUGUAAUCCUGGGAGCCGAUGUGGUGUACGUGCGUGCCGCCGUGCCACUGCUCUUCCAGUCCGCCGCCCGCCUCCUGGCUCGCUGGGACGGCAGUGGGCGUGUGCCGGUGCUUCUGCUGUGCCACAUCACGCGCCAGGUGUCCGAGCCUGAUGUGCUGGCAGCAGCAGCAGCGGCGGGGCUAGAGUUGGCGGAAGGAGAGGUGGCAGAGCGUGUCGGAGGGAGUGUGGAGCGGGCGAUGCAGGCAGCGGUGGGGACGGCGUUCCCUGGUGAAAGCAGAGAUGCCUCCCUCUUCCGCCUCCUCUGCUUCCGUGCCUUGAGAUCACCUUAG